AUGGUUAAGAUUCUCAGGCUUUUAGGUUUUAUUGUUUCUCUGAUAAUUCAGAACUACACCACUGCAAACGGGAAGAUCCAUCAUCAUAAGUUUGUGGUGAAAUCAGCAUCCUUUACUCGACUGUGUACUACAAAGGAAAUCUUAACAGUAAAUGGGAAAUUCCCAGGGCCAACUUUGGAAGCCUAUACUGGAGAUGAACUCAGAGUAACUGUCUACAAUAGAGCAAAAUAUAACAUCACUCUCCACUGGCAUGGAGCUAGACAAGUAAGAAAUCCAUGGUCAGAUGGGCCUGAAUACAUCACACAGUGCCCUAUUCAGCCAGGAAGAAGGUUUAACUACAAAAUCACAUUGACUACCGAAGAAGGAACAAUAUGGUGGCAUGCGCAUAACAGCUGGGCAAGAGCAACAGUCCAUGGUGCCCUCAUUAUUUAUCCAAAGCAUGGAUCGCAUUAUCCCUUCCCCAAGCCCCACGCUGAGUUUCCAAUUAUACUAGGAGAGUGGUGGAAGAAAGAUGUGAUGAAAAUACCUGGAGAUGCAAAUAUAACAGGUGGUGAGCCAACUCUCUCAGCUGCGUUCACCAUCAAUGGAGAACCAGGAUAUAUGUAUCCAUGCUCCAAAGCAGGCACCUUUAAAAUGAUGGUGGAGCAGGGAAAAACCUAUCUCCUUCGGAUAAUCAACGCGGUAUUAGAUGAAAAUAUGUUCUUUUCCAUAGCAAAACACAAACUGACGAUAGUAGGAAAAGAUGGGUGUUACCUGAAACCAUUUACAUCAGACUAUCUAAUGAUCACCCCUGGCCAAACCAUGGAUGUUUUAUUUGAAGCAAACCAACCUCCCAGCCACUAUUCCAUGGCUUCUAGGGCAUACUCAAGUGCUUUUGGGGCUGGUUUUGAUAACACAACAACAACAGCCAUCGUAGAAUACCAUGGCAUUUUUCAUUUACUGCAAUCUCCUCAUGUUUCACCUCUUCCUCCAUACAAUGGAACACAAGCAUCCACAGACUUCACGAAGCAAUUUCGAAGUCUAGUAAAAGCCAACGUUCCACAAAAAGUUAACACUCGUUUGUUUUUUACCAUAUCUGUCAACCUCCUUAACUGUAGUACUAAUAAGCCUUGCGCGGGUCCUUUUGGCAAGAGAUUCGCAGCUAGUAUAAAUAACAUUAGCUUUGUUAAUCCUCCAUCUUUGGACAUCCUUCAAGCUUACUAUUAUGGGGUUGCUGGUGUUUUUAAAAGAAAUUUUCCUCGUAAACCUCCUAACGAGUUCAAUUACACUGUUGAGAAUCUCCCAGCUAACCUUUUGACACCAAGUUUUGGUACUAAGGUGAGAGUUUUGGAGUACAAUGCAAGUGUUGAGAUCAUUCUUCAAGGGACAAAUAUAUUAGCUGCUGAUAACCAUCCCAUCCAUUUACAUGGCUACAACUUUUAUGUGGUUGGAAAAGGAUUUGGGAAUUUUGAUCCCAAUAAGGAUCCUUCAAAAUAUAAUCUUGAUGAUCCACCUGAGGAGACUACAGUUGGAGUUCCUCAUAAUGGAUGGGCAGUGAUCAGAUUCAAAGCAGAUAACCCAGGGGUGUGGCUGCUACAUUGCCAUAUCGAGCGUCAUGUAACAUGGGGAAUGGAAAUGGUGUUUCUUGUGAAAAAUGGUGUUUCUCCUCAAGCUCGAAUUCUCAAACCUCCUCGUGACUUACUAAAAUGUUGA